AUGACAGGAGGGCAAUGCAUUCUCGAUGCAAAGGUUUAUAUCAGCGGUUUUGAAGAGUUCUUGCACCUUGACCAACUUCGUAAUAAAUGGGAAGGUUUUUUGGUGAAUGACAGGCUCACUAUCAUCGCUGAAGUAGACGUUCUACCAGUCAAUGUUGUACCUCUAAUGAGCGAACCUUUGAAGAAAGUUCUGAUUGCAUCGUCUCUGAGUUCCAAAGAAGCUUCUGUCAAGGGGGACUCUCCUUGUCAUGAUCAAGUGGCGGCGCAAGAAACUACUGAUAAUGCUGCAUCUCAAGACAAGUUAGAUAAUAAUGAUGAUGAUGCCUCCGAAGAUGGUACUGAUGAAGAUUAUGUUCCUAACGGAUCCGAAGAGAGUUCAGAUGAUGAUUCUGAUUAUAAUGAUGAUGAUGACUCAUCUGAAGAGAGUUCGGAUGAUGAUGAUGAUGAUGAUGAUGACGACGCAUCUCAAGAGAGUUUGGAUGAUGAUGAUGAUGAUGAUGAUGAUGAUGAUGAAGCAUCCCAAGAUGAUGGAGAUGAUGAUGAUGCAUCCCAAGAGGAUAAAGAUGAUGAUGAAUCCCAAAAGGAUAAAGAUGAUGAUGCUUCCUCUCCUGUUGUUAAUGAUGAUGGAGGUAGUGGCAUUAGUCCUUUGAACCAAUCGAAUGCCUUAGAGGAUCUCUCUCAUAAGGAAGAAAAUCAUGGUUGUACUACUGUGGUGGCCGUGGCUGAGACUGAUCAGGUUUCCAACGGGCUGGAUGAUGAUGCACUUAAUGAAGAUGUUGAUAAUGAGGCUUCAUCUCUCGUUUUGAAUGAUAAUGCUAGAACCGAAAGUACUAUAGACCAAGUGUUGUCCUUGGAGGAUGCCUCUCAGACAAUGAAAACUAGUGUUAGGGGUCCUAGAACCUUGGUAGCUGUUGUUACGGAGACUUGUGAUAAUGUGCUUAUGGAGAUUCAACCAGUAAAGGAAACAAUGGACAUCAAUGGUUUUGAGGUUGUUUCUUCCAAGGUGGAAUCUGUGAGACGUAUAUUCGAAAGACACCCAGACAUUGCAGUGGAGUUUAGAGCAAAGAACCAGCAUCUGAGGAACGCGUGCAUGAACUUCCUGCUCAGCUUAAUCGAGACGAUGUGCCAGUCACUUGAGGAGCUCUCGAAUGAAGAUCUUGUGGAAUCAGACAUUGCUUUAACAUACUUGAGAGAUGCAGGGUUUGAGGUGGAUUGGUUGGAGAAGAAGCUGGACCAACUAAAGGAAAAGAAGGAGGAAGAGCAGUCUGGUUUGGCUAGGCUCCAUGAAAUAGAGGAAAAUCUAAUGAUUUUGGAGAAAAAGUGGGCAGAGCUAGAUGCUCUUGCGGACAAGGAGAAGAAAGAGUUGAAGGCCACUAGAAGUGCUCUGUCUUUUGAUGAUCUUGUUUGAUGGCUUGAGUUGUUUAGGCGUUUUGGUGUUCUGAUAUCUUAUUUUCUCCUCCUUUGGUUUGUUCAAUUGAACUUAUAUAGCUAGAGAUGGUCUUAGGCAUUUAAUUUGGUGUUCUGAUAUCUUAUUUUCUCCAUUGGUUCAACUCAGUUAUUGACACAAACUGAA